AUGCAGUAUCAGUCAAAUAUGCCACUGGUCAAUCCAUUGGAUCCGCAAGCUCCACUGCCUGCACUCGGCACCAAUCCGAAUCCAUUGUCGUUAGCUGGUGUCCCUAUCCCUAGUUUCCAGGAAAUGUUGAAUGGUCCUGAUGCUGAACAGGAUGCGCAGCAGUUGAGCGAGUACAUGCGUAAGCGCUUUGCAGCCCAAACAGCGAUGCAUGAAAAUCUUCCGCAAGGUUUGAUACCGCAAUUAAUGCCGAUAACUUAUCUAUUCCUCGACCUGCAAGCUUACCUGCGCAGUCCACGUCAGCGCCGAGUACUCCAGCAACAGGAGCUGGUUCGGAAAGAUCCGCCUACUCGGUGGGCCGAACAGUUUCUAAUCAGAUACUCCGACGUGCUCUUCCUGCUGUGGCGCAGUCUAAACGGUCUCGUGCCGGGCCCUGGUCGCACCAAGUCCUUGACCACAUGA